GCGGGGUGGGGGGCGGGGGUGGGUGCUGCCGCCGCCGCGGAGCUGCUACUCGGCGCGUUUUGCAUGAAGAUGGCGGCUCCCACCGCCAGCAAGGCAGCCUCCCUGGGCUGUAACAACAAGCCAACGUUCCCGGAGCUGGAUUUCAGGUCAGGAGCUCGGGUGGAGGAAUUGAACAAACUCAUCCAAGAAUUCACGAAGCACGACCAGCGGGAAUACGACGACCAGAGAGCGCUGGAGAUUCACACCGCCAAGGAUUUCAUCUUUUCCAUGCUGGGAAUGGUGCAAAAGCUGGACCAAAAACUUCCAGUGGCCAAUGAGUACCUGUUGCUCUCUGGGGGAGUCCGGGAAGGCGUGGUGGACCUGGACUUAGAUGAGCUUAACGUGUAUGCCCGAGGGACAGACUAUGAUAUGGACUUCACUCUUCUGGUGCCAGCCCUUAAGCUACAUGACCGUAAUCAGCCUGUGACACUCGAUAUGCGCCACUCAGCCCUGUGCCACUCUUGGCUAAGCCUCCGGCUCUUUGAUGAGGGGACAAUCAGUAAGUGGAAAGACUGCUGCACCAUCGUGGAUCACAUCAAUGGUGCCACCAAUUACUUCUUCUCCCCAACCAAAGUGGCCGACUGGUUCUAUGACUCCAUCAGCAUUGUCCUGUCAGAGAUCCAGAAGAAACCCCAGCGAGGGAUGCCCAAGGUGGAAAAGGUAGAAAAGAACGGGACCAUCAUCUCCAUCAUCCUGGGCGUGGGGAGCAGUCGCAUGUUGUAUGAUAUUGUCCCCGUGGUCUCUUUCAAAGGCUGGCCUGCGGUGGCCCAGAGCUGGCUCAUGGAGAACCACUUUUGGGAUGGGAAGAUCACCGAGGAAGAGGUCAUUAGUGGGUUUUACUUGGUGCCUGCUUGCUCCUACAAGGGCAAGAAGGACAAUGAGUGGCGGCUGUCCUUCGCCAGGAGCGAGGUACAGCUGAAGAAAUGCAUCUCUGGUAGCCUCAUGCAGGCCUACCAGGCCUGCAAAGCCAUCAUCAUUAAACUCCUGUCCCGGCCCAAGGCGAUCAGUCCCUAUCACCUGCGGAGCAUGAUGCUCUGGGCCUGUGACAGACUUCCUGCUAACUACUUGGCCCAAGAAGACUAUGCAGCCCACUUUUUGCUGGGCCUCAUUGAUGACCUACAACACUGUCUGGUCAACAAGAUGUGCCCCAAUUAUUUCAUCCCUCAGUGCAACAUGCUGGAGCACCUGUCGGAGGAGACCGUCAUGCUCCACGCGCGGAAGCUCUCCUCCGUGCGCUCAGACCCGGCCGAGCACCUGCGCACCGCCAUCGAGCACGUAAAGGCGGCCAACCGGCUGACGCUGGAGCUGCAGAGGCGGGGGAGCACCACCAGCAUCCCCUCCCCGCAGUCCGACGGAGGGGACCCCAACCAGCCCGACGACCGUUUGGCCAAAAAACUGCAGCAGCUGGUGACUGAGAAUCCGGGGAAGUCCAUCUCUGUCUUUAUUAACCCUGAUGAUGUCACGAGGCCCCAUUUCAGAAUCGAUGAUAAAUUUUUCUGAGCAUUCUGCUGCCUUUUUUCUUUUCUUUUCUUUUUUUUUCUUUUCCCAGGUUCUAAAACUCUCAUAAUGUGUAGUGUGGUUUGUGAUGCUGACUUGCCGUUUUUUACAUAUCCAGCCUAGAUUGGAUUUGUUAAGAACACAUUUUAAGUUUCCUGGUUCUGCAGGACGGUGCAGGCUCUGAAACAGUAUAUUACUAUUUCAUACUCUGCCUCUGAUUUGGCUGUUUACUCUUUGUAGUUAUUGUCACAUUGUUUUUGGUUUGGGUUUGUUUCAGGGUUUUUUGUUUGUUUGUUUGUUUGUUUUAAGGAGAACUUGAGCCAUAGAUGAAAUGCCCAUGAAUUCUCUUGUUUUUUACUGUUUCAUGCUUUGUGUAAAUUUGUUAAUGAGGGUAGGGCAACAGAUAUCUUUCUGAUGCUUCAGGAUGCUAUUUUUUUUUGUCUUUUUUUUUUUUAAUUUUAAUUUUUUUCAAUGAGCUUUCAUCACUACAGAUAUUUGAGAAUCAUCUGAACCUGGAAACUACCUGGUAUGUUAGCUGGAUUUAUUUCUUUUGACCAGUGACCAGAGUAGUUUCCCUCUUUCCACCAAACAACGUAGACUUUGGAAGUGAUAAUGCUACUAGUUGUGUUUUGGAGCAACUUCAUUGAAUGUAAUUUUCCUCAGAUCAGAACUUUGGAUGGUUUGGAGGCUGUGUUUGACAACUUUCCAAACAAAAUUAAGGUUUCCAAAUGGUAGUUUUAGUGUGUGUAAUUAUUUGAAGCCUUAUUUAAAUCCUAUUAAAGAACAUACCAUUAUAAUUGUUAUUUGCACUAAUGAAAUCUUGGCCAUUGUCAGAGUUUCCGAUGUAUGUGUUUCAAUAUAAAUUGACAUCCACUGUUGAAAUGCUAUCAUUUUUUUUUAAUUUAGCCCAUUUUUCUCAAUCAAUAGAAUGAUUCUUUGCAUUUGUUUCAUUCUCCUUUAAUUGUGGGGUCCUGUUUUGCCUUCUUUGAUAUUCCUGGUUCCUGUCUCACUGAGAGAGGUUUGCAAAGCUUUACACCUGCUAAAUGACCAUCUGAAGCCGGAGAAAAUAUAUACUUGAUAGAGUAGUUGUCUUUGUAUGUACUGCUUUGGGGGUUAUAGAGGUAAGCUUUUUUUGUAAAGUCUCUUUGCUUCUACUGGGAGUUGUGGGGAAAACUGGCAGAAAGAAUUUAUAAUCUCCAACAGAAGAUAGCAUGCCUAUUCAAAAGCAGGUGUUUCUACAGAGCAGGAACGAGGACAUAUCUGUGGGUGGCAGCUUCGUGUGGAGGUGUCUUAUCUUCACGAAUGAAGUCGUUUGCCAUGUUUAGGUGCCGCAAGGCAUUGGCUCCUUGUUCUGGUAUGGACUCAUGGCAAACUGUGGUGUUUGAGAGGUCAGGGGCCCUGCUGAUGUCUCAAAGGAUGACCAUGAUAUCUACUAUUGGAAAGGUGAAGCAACAUUUUGGAUUUGAUCUCGAAUGUCCAGACUCACAGGUUGGAUUUUGGCCAAUUGAAAUCCGGCAUAUGCGGUCUUGGGUUUUUGCAUGGGAAUUAAUGUAAUGCUUAUAACUGAAAAUGAAGUCAUUCAACCAUCUAAGUCAAACACAAAAUAAUAAACAUACUGGCCUUGGAA